GGUCAUCGCGUUCAGUGUGCGAGCCUGCGAAGGCCGAUACGAGGCUCUUGAGAUUUUUCUCUCGAUUUUGUUUCGAUCGUCGACCUGACGCUCCUGCGUUUGUCGCUCGGAGCUUCGCGCGGCGAAAAGUUACUCUCGUUUCACGGAAAUCGCUCCAAUCAACGUUAUUUUCACCGUUUUUCUUCAUCAGAACCUCGGUGGAUUUAGAAUUACCGCGGAUUGGCAGAGUGACAUUUCUUUUUGUUUUGAUCGAGCUUCCGCGUUUCGAGCUAUUACGAUCAGCUGUUACGGUUUUCGGUGACCUAUUCUCGGUGGACUGUACCGGACAGAGUCCGCAUAAUGCUGUAAGCGCUUGUAACUUUCGCGACUGCUCGAGCUGAAUCCUAGUAGACAAUGAGUUUCUCAGAAAAAGGGCAAGACAGCAUAUCCAAGGAGGAAUGGAUGUCGAAGCUGGAGGAGAGCUCCUACAUACAAAAGAUGUCGAUGAACAACCUAAUCAUGAAUUAUCUAGUCACAGAAGGAUUCAAAGAGGCUGCUGAGAAGUUCCAGCAGGAGUCUGGGGUAGGUCCGACGGUAGAAUUGAGUUCUCUAGAUGACAGAAUCCGUAUUCGAGACGCCAUACAAAACGGCCGUAUCCAGGAGGCGACGGACUUGGUGAAUCAGCUGCAUCCUGAGCUGUUGGAUAAUGACAGAUAUCUCUACUUUCACCUGCAACAGUUGCACCUGAUUGAACUGAUACGUACAGGCAGAGUCGAGGAAGCACUCCAGUUCGCUCAGGAUCAACUCAGUGAGGCUGGCGAGUCGGAUGAUAAUAUACUGUGUGAAUUAGAGCGUACAUUGGCACUGUUGGCAUUUGACGAGCCGCACAAAAGCCCUUUCAGCGAUCUUUUGCAUCCAACACAUAGACAGAAAAUUGCAAGUGAAUUGAACGCCGCUAUAUUGAAAAUGGAACAUAGAGAAUCUACCAGCCCUCGACUCAAUAAUCUGUUGAAGAUGAUAUUGUGGGCUCAAGAUGAGUUAGACAAGAAAAAAGUGAAAUAUCCGAAGAUGACCGAUCUAGGUAGUGCCACAAUCGAGGAUACAAAAUAAUUUAUGAAAAUAGACAGAGACUGGGAGUGUUCCUUAGUUUUAUUUAUAAAUGAGAUAAACAAAUGUUUUGAAUUGAUCUUUAAAUGUAAUCUUAUGUAAAUUGCUGUUUAUUUUGUAGGAAAUUAUAUUCAAAUUUUAAUCUUGUAUAACAAAUUAGAUAUAGAGAUAACGUGUAGUAUCAUUAAUGUAUUGAUUAUAAUAAGAAUGUAAUGAUUAAAUCGGUACAUCAUUGUUAUAACUGCUGUAAGAGAUAAGAAUUAUUGCAAUAUUUCUUAUGUCUUACAGAACUUUAACAUUGAUACGUGAUACAGAUAGAGC